AAUGUGCUUGUAGAACAUCAUUCAGGAAAUCAGUAGACAACAGUUAUGGCACACAGGCGCGAACGCUUUGAUCAUGAGAGGUUCCAGAUUGCGUGCAGACAUAUGGACCGGUAUUACGACUUAAAGAAUCAAGAUUCGGUGAAGGCAGCCGUCGUCGAACUUCUCAAGGAGUUCGACGGAGACUGGGGAAAGAUCGAGAAACACUGUUAUGACUCGUUGGUGCAGAAGCUGGGCGUAGGCAUUUCGGAAAAGGUGAUUCCGUCCGGCAGUCAAGAAUUACUGCGGGCUGAGCAGUUGGACGACGAGCUCCAUCAUUAUCAUCUUAAAGCAAAGGGGAACGGCUCCCGGAAAUCGAAACCGGACUGUUCGAAGGAGAAAGCUGGUCUCGCCGCCGACACCGGCGAAGCUGAGGAAGACGACGCUGAAGCCGAAGAAACUUCUCCGAUCUCCAUUUCUGAGGGGGAAAAAUCCGGCUCGUCGACGGGUUCGAAUUCCUAUAUACCUGCCGACGAUGAUCUUCUUGGCUGUUGUAGGUCUAACAAAGCUGCACGCACCUCUGAGGAUAAAGAGAACUUAGGGCAGUUGGGAGAAGGAAUCCAAGAAGAAGGGUUGACUGGACGUGUCUUAACUGCAAUAAACCCUGAAGAUUUGGCUCCACAUAGCAAAGACACAGCUGUGCAGUUUAAUGUAGAAGGACAUCCAACAAUCCUAGUAUUUGGUGCUCAUAAAGAUACCCCUAAAGGUGCUAGAACUGCCUCGGCUACUGAAUCAUAUGCUUUGGAGCAGCAAGAAACUUAUGUGGCGCCUCAUGAAGUUGUUGAGUUAACUGGCCCGGAUGUGAUGGAAGCGAAAUGUAGCCCAGCAGAUAUUUGUUUUGUCUGCUUCUUACCAGACAUUUUGGACUCCAAGGCAGAUGGUCGGAAUAAGUAUCUUGAGAUGUUAUUAUCUGUUGCCGAGAUGUUUAGGAGAAGUCCGUACAGCUUUGUCUGGUCAGCUGCAGGUAAGCAGUCUGAUCUGGAGUACCGUGUUGGUGUUGGUGGGUAUGGCUACCCAGCUAUGGUAGCUCUCAACUUGAAGAAGGGUGUUUAUACUCCUCUAAAGAGUGCAUUUCAGCGUGAUGAGAUCAUAGAAUUUGUAAAAGAAGCUGGACUUGGCGGAAAGAACAACCUAGCUUUUGAGGGCACGCCUUCCAUCAUGCUUACAGAACCAUGGGAUGGAAAAGAUGGGCGAAUCCUUGAGGAAGAUGAGAUUAUCGCUGGAAGCGUUGAUGGGGGAUGA